AUGGAGUCGGAGUGUGUGAGCGGUCAUUUGAGUAUUUUUAACUGGAAAGCGAUGCUGACAAUUCUCCUCAUGACAUUGCCAGUGGCUCCAGUGUACAGUGCCAUUCUCGUUCUUAGAAAAUUGACGAUUAUGAAGCUACGCACAGAGAGGGCAUUGUCGGAAACCAGCAAACACCUUCACGAACAACUUCUCAAGGCACUCACCAUCCAGGCAUGUCUACCGGCAUUCUUCCUUCUUGCGUCGGUCAACUUGGCAUCUAUAACCACCCGCUUCCUUGAAUAUGCCUCUUUUCUUCUGAUGAGCUUCAUUCCGUUGUUGUGUCCUCUAACGUCAUUCUAUUUUGUUCGUCCCUAUCGUGUAUGGAUACGAAGCAGAUUUUUCUGCAUACGCAAAAUAUCACAGUCGCAGUCGAUGUCAAAAAUAAUGACGACGCGUUCCAGCACGGACUUUAGCAGGGCUAACUUUUGA